GCUGAGCUGCGUUAUUGGGAUCGGAGCGGAGCGUCCCGUCGGGUGCCGUCGAUCAGCGCUCGCCAUGGUUGUCACGUUGGGAUAUUGGGACAUCCGAGGGCUGGCCCACGCCAUCCGCCUGCUGCUGGAGCACACCGGGACCCCCUAUGAGGACAAGCUGUACAGCUGCGGGAAGCCCCCAAACUAUGACAAGAGCCAAUGGAUCAACGAGAAGGAGAAGCUGGGGCUGGACUUCCCGAAUCUCCCAUAUUACAUCGAUGGGGACGUCAAACUGACCCAGAGCAACGCCAUCCUGCGCUACAUCGCCCGCAAGCACAACAUGUGUGGGGACACGGAGCAGGAGCGGCAGCGCGUGGAUGUGCUGGAGAACCAGGUGAUGGAUUUCAGGAUGAGCCUGGUGAUGGUUUGCUACAGCCCCGACUUUGAGAAGCUGAAGCCGGGAUACCUGGAGCAGCUGCCGGGCAAACUGAAGCUGUUCUCCACCUUCUUAGGGGAUAGGAAGUGGUUUGCAGGGGACAAGCUGACCUUUGUGGAUUUCCUGAUGUUCGAUGUGUUGGAUCAGAACCGGAUCUUCAGCCCGCGCUGCCUGGAGCCCUAUAGCAACUUGUGCGGCUUCAUGGAGCGCUUUGGGGCUCUGGAGAAGGUGGCGGCGUAUCUGAAGUCCAGCCGCUUCCAGAAGAUGCCCAUCAACAACAAGAUGGCCAAGUGGGGGGGCAAGAAGGAGUAAUAAGGGGGGGGUCCUGCCCCCCUCCCCUCCCACCCCCCCCUUCUUUACUCCCACCCCCCUGCGAUGGGGAGACCCCAGCCUCAAUAAAAGGGGGAGGUGCA